GUGGUGCGGUCCCGGGUCAGGUCUGAGGCGAGGCGGCGCGAGGCGCUGUCAGUGCCGCGGUGAGGUUCAGCCCAGCGCCGGUACCGGGAGCCGCCCCCGCCAUGGAGCCCCAUCGCUGGCUGCCCCUGGAGGCCAACCCCGACGUCACGAAUCAGUUUCUCAAACAGCUAGGUAUACAUCCUGACUGGCAAUUUGUAGAUGUUUAUGGUAUGGAACCAGAACUGCUUAGCAUGGUGCCAAGACCUGUCUGUGCAGUGCUACUUCUCUUUCCAAUAACAGAAAAGUAUGAAACCUUCAGAACAGAAGAAGAAGAGAGAAUAAAAGCUAAGGGGCAAGAUGUCAAAUCAUCAGUGUAUUUCAUGAAGCAGACCAUUAACAAUGCUUGUGGAACAAUUGGGCUAAUUCAUGCUAUUGCAAACAACAGAGAUAAAAUGAACUUUGAAACUAAUUCUUCACUGAAAAAGUUCCUAGAAGAUUCAUUAUCUAUGACUCCUGAAGAGAGGGCCAAAUAUCUAGAAACUUAUGAAGCUAUUCGUGUCACUCAUGAAUCCAGUGCCCAUGAAGGUCAGACUGAGGGCUUACUGUACGGGAACUGUGUAACGAGGCCACAAACACUUAGUUUGUUGGGAGGAGUUAUUGCACACUCAUGGACCGACUCAACUGAGCAGAUGCAGAACAUGUGGCAGGGCCUCUGAUCCCAGGGUUGUGCAUAUGAAACGAAGACCAGGACUGAAAGUAUUGUAUCUCCUUCUGUUUCCCAAGUUUUCAGUGAUGUUGGUAUGCAGUUAAAGCUCAUUUGAUCUCUGUCCCAGUGCAACUAGCAUUUCUUUCUACACAGUGACACAACCUCAAAAUGGAGGAAAGAAGAAAGCCCCAGUCCCAGCAUAGUUCGUCAGCUGAUAGACAGGGAAGCUUCCCUAGAGGAAGGUGGCAUGGGCUUGGACUUUCCACUGAGAGGAUGCCCUGAACUUGAGCUUCCAGAUAGAUGAAUUUUUGUAACCACUAGCAAGUUAAUCAGUAAUAAAUAUUUCUUCUUAGAAAGAAAUGGUCAUGCAAUACACUAGAUGCUGCUUUGUCCUGUCAGGUCUUAAAUACAUUAGACAUGGACUGAGAUACUUUGCUGGAUUGGGUUCCCCAAACAAGACGAGCAGACAGAUCCCUGUUUCUAGAACCUGACAGGUUUGGGCUUGAGCCAAGUCAUGAGCUACUCAGCACUAUCAAACUUCUACACUUUUAGGUAUGUGCAAAAGCACAGUUCUUGGUGCCUGACGAACUUCAUAGGAGUUUCCUUUAGAUCUUAGAUUUAAAUGGCUCAAGGCUUUAAUAACAGCUAUAUAUAGGAAUGAGUUGGAUUGGGGCAGAUGAUAAUUGCCUGAACAUUUUUUUGGAUAUAUUCCAUGAAGCUUUUAACUUGUUUAAAAUGUAUUUUUUGCAUUACAAACCAUAAACUUAAUGUGCUUACUGGUUUAUAUGACAAUAACAUUUAAUUCUAUUUCAGGGUUUUUGUUUUACCACUUCAGAUAUUUGACCUGCUACAUUUUCAGCACAGAAAUAUGCUCCUGUGAUCUUUUCAUCUUGUGAAGUUAGUCUAAUGCUCUCUUCUCUGCAGUUUCUAGCUGUUAAUGUCUUGUUUGAAUAGACUGUCUCAAGUUAUGAUUUGUCUUCCACAUUUUAAAUUAAAUGCGAAAU